AAACUCAAAAUUUCUGUCUUCCACAACCAACAACAAUAAAGCUUUAAGCCGCGGUUGUCGUUAAAACACAUCCGACUUCUAUUUAAGCCAAAAUACAAAACCUCCCGUUUUCCACGUAAGCAAACGAUGGAAGAACAAGAUGGUCUUCGAGUUACCAAAAUGGACGCAAUUCCAUCAGCCAAAGAAUUCACUUCACAAAUUGAACCUAAAAACGUUCCUGCUGUAUUUCAUAAAUGCGUUAAUGAUUGGAAGGCUUUCAGUAAGUGGAAUCCGUCAACUGGCGGUCUCGAUUACUUACAGGAACUUGCAGGGUCGUCAACGGUGGAAGUUAUGUUGUCCAAAUCUGCUCCAGUCUUUUACGGUGAUAUCAGAAACCAUGAGAUGGUCCAGUUACCCUUUUCUGCCUUUAUUGGAUAUUGCAAUUCUUUGCAGAGCAAAGAAAGUCACGCUUCUUGCUCAAGUACAGAGAAGCUUUUGCCACCUAGCACUUAUACCGAACAAGAUGAUCUAUUAGCUGGGAAUACGCUUGAACAAAUUUAUUUAGCACAGGUACCAAUUAUGAAUAACGAGAAAGAAGAGAAGGUUCAAUUAGGAAGUCUUAUAGAAGACAUUCAGACGCCCCCAUUUCUGGAGACAAAGACCUUGGCUUCUAUCAAUCUAUGGAUGAAUGGUGCUCAAACAAGAUCAAGCACUCACUAUGACCCGCACCAUAACCUUCUAUGCGUGGUUUCUGGCAGCAAACAAGUUGAUCUGUGGCCCCCUUCAUCAUGUCCUUUCUUAUAUCCGAUGCCUUUGUAUGGUGAGGCAUCAAACCACAGCUCUAUUUCCAUAGACGAACCAGAUUUUUCUCUUCAUCCAAGAGCAGAACACUCAAAAAAGCAUUCUCAAAGGGUGAUUCUUCAUGCAGGAGACGCACUUUUCAUUCCUGAAGGGUGGUUCCAUCAAGUUGACAGUGAAAAUUUGACUGUUGCUGUUAACUUUUGGUGGCGGUCUGAAAUGAUGUCUGGCAUGUUGGAACACAUGGAUUCAUACUAUCUGCGCAGGAUAUUGAAAAGACUGACUGACAAAGAAAUGAAUCAGAUGCUGUGUAAGACUUCUCCUAGUGUGCAUAACAAACCUUAUGAACAAUCAGAUGAGCAUAGUAUCAAGGUUUCUGGCGGGGAUAAGUUGAAUGAUGGGAACAUGCUACAAGAUCUAAAGCCUUCUGUUCUCGAAUCUCUUCAUAAACUUGUUUCUCUAGUCCAUGACCGUGUCAAUGCUACUGAUUUGAGUUAUGACAUGGAGAAAACAGGGUCCAAGAAAACUGUGGUCUCAGAAUUGUAUAACCUGGAGGAUGAUCUAGUUGCUCAUAUUUUCUGGAUUCUUGAACCACUUGAUCUUCAGAAAAUGUUUCUUGCCAUGGUGCAUCACUUCCCAAGAACUUUGGAGGGUUUAGUACUGCACUUGGUUUCACCAGUAGGAGCCGAAGUCCUUACUCAGAAAUUUGAUGAGAUGGAUCAACUAAAUAAUGAAGAUGACAGGAACGAAUUCUACAGAUUAUUUUAUAGUGUAUUUGAUGACCAGUUUGCUGUAAUGGAUACACUUCUUAACGGAAAGGAGUCAUUUUCAUGUCAGGUAUUUAAGAACGUUAUGGAUAAAUUUCUGGGAGUUAAGGUUCAAUGACCAGAUACAUCAAUGGAAAUGAGACAUAUACUGAUGCUGAUUUCAAGAAUUUGAUCCCUCUAAUGGUCUCAAAAGUGCUGAUUGAUAGUUGAAGGAGGAUGCUCUUUUCUGUCCUCAAUCACCCUAUAUGAACUACUAUUUCUUGAAGAGAGGUACAACUGCAUCUGCAGAUGGUUCUGACAUACUGAAGUCACAAGAAUACAAAACAUCUUUUAAAGAAAGCGUGCAUGUCUAUAACAAUCUUCUUGCCGCCUUGUGCCUACAACUCCUACAAGUAGUACAUGUAUCGAUGCAGGUUAUGCUUGUAAGGUAAAGUAUAUUUGGUUUGUUGAACAUCCUUGAAAGUUUAAAUGGAGUGGUGGUCAUUGGUCAGGUUCAAAGUUUCAAGCUUGCACAGUUGAGGCCAUGAGGGUGUGCUCUGUGGGCGUGAGAUUUGCCCACAAAUUAAUUGACAGGGCAGAUUCACAACCUUAGGGGUUGAGUUGGUGAACACAUUUUCAAACGUUAAUAGUUUGUAUUUACUAGAUAAGUGUCUUAGCGUGUGUACAACCAACCAUACAUGUACUCAUUGAAAGAAAUUUAUAGAUACUAAAAGGAAACGCAACAUUCAGUCUGAAAA